AUGGGUUGUGGAAUGAGUACCGAGGAUAAGGAGGGGAAGGCCCGGAACGAGGAGAUUGAGAACCAGCUCAAGCGGGACAAGAUGUUGCAGCGGAACGAGAUCAAGAUGCUUCUUCUCGGAGCGGGAGAGUCGGGCAAGUCGACAAUCCUCAAGCAGAUGAAGCUGAUCCACGAGGGCGGAUACUCCCGGGAUGAACGGGAAUCCUUCAAGGAGAUCAUUUACAGCAACACGGUGCAGUCGAUGCGUGUCAUUCUCGAAGCGAUGGAGUCGUUGGAACUGCCCCUGGAAGAUGCCCGUAACGAAUACCAUGUGCAAACCAUCUUCAUGCAGCCCGCUCAAAUCGAAGGCGAGACUCUUCCCCCGGAGGUCGGCAACGCGAUCGGAGCCUUGUGGCGGGAUACUGGUGUCCAGGAGUGUUUCAAGCGGUCUCGCGAAUACCAACUGAACGACUCCGCUAAAUACUACUUCGAUGCCAUUGAGCGCAUCGCUCAACCUGAUUACCUCCCGACCGAUCAGGAUGUCCUCCGCUCCCGUGUUAAGACGACCGGUAUCACCGAAACUACCUUCAUCAUUGGCGACUUGACCUACCGGAUGUUCGACGUGGGUGGUCAGCGGUCCGAGCGGAAGAAGUGGAUUCACUGCUUCGAGAACGUCACGACCAUUCUCUUCCUCGUCGCCAUCUCCGAGUACGACCAGCUGUUGUUCGAAGAUGAGACCGUCAACCGUAUGCAGGAAGCCCUCACCCUGUUCGACUCGAUUUGCAACUCCCGGUGGUUCGUCAAGACCUCCAUCAUUCUGUUCCUCAACAAGAUCGACCGCUUCAAGGAGAAGCUGCCCGUCAGCCCGAUGAAGAACUAUUUCCCCGACUACGAGGGUGGCGCUGACUACGCCGCGGCUUGCGACUACAUCCUCAACCGUUUCGUCUCUCUGAACCAGGCAGAGCAGAAGCAGAUCUACACCCACUUCACAUGCGCCACUGACACCACGCAGAUCCGGUUCGUCAUGGCCGCAGUCAAUGAUAUCAUCAUCCAAGAGAACCUCCGUCUGUGUGGUCUCAUCUAA